AUGAACAGUGAUUUGGUCAUUAAAUCUGCUUCAUUGGCAAUAGAGCAGACCAGAGAAGCUCAAAAUAUAGAAAAGACAAUUCAACUUAUUGAAAAAUCACUUAAAGAAAAUUCAAGUAUUAUUGAUGAAUUCGAAACUAACACUCCAACAGUAAAGAGCGUUAUUUCUGAAAACAAGCAAAAGGAUGAGAUCAUUAAAAAGAAACGUGAAGAAUUACUUCAGCUACAAAAUGCUUUAAUUAAAAUAAAAACACUUCACAAGAAAGAUGACAAAGAUACAUUAGAGUCUUGGGAGCCAGUUCCAAUAGUUGUUAAUCGUAUCCAAGAUUUAGUUAUGAAACUAUCCGAAACUGCAAUUAACGAUAAAACAGUCGCAAUUCCAAUUCUCUCGAUCUUCAAAGUCAACGACGCAUUAAAUACUCUUUUUGAUAUAUCCUCCUCUGAAGGUUUUAUUAACGAAACCGAAGAAGAAAAGCAAAAGAGAUUAGAGGACUACGCAAAUAAGCAGAAGCAUAUAUUAGAAAUUCUUAAGAAGUAUGUUAAUGAAGAUGAGGGAGCUGAAGCUUAA